AUGGCUUCGCCGCGGAAAAAAGUGGAGAGAGUGUGGGAAUUUGAUGUUUCCGACCCCAAGCUUCAUCCAAAUGGCUUCACCAUUUACAAAGUCACUUGCAAGGUGUUUCCAGUGACAGUCCAAGAGAACUUGACAGAGGUUGUCAUCUGGAAGAGGUACAAUGACUUCAAAUUGCUCUACAAGACACUCUCCAGUCUGCACAAAUGUCUCCAUAGGAGAGACGAAUUCCCAGAGUUUGCUAAACCUAAAGUUUUCGGUCGUUUUGAUGAGAGUGUGAUAGAAGAACGUCGGAAGAGUGCGCUGGACCUGCUAAACUUUGUGGGUCGUCAAUAUCACCUGUACAGAUCACCUGCCUUCGUCGACUUCUUCAAGGGUGGGGAAAGAGUACAGCAUCAGAAAGCUGAGCAAGUCGGCAAAAUUCUACGUCCUGUAAGACUGAACCUGAAACAGAGCACGUCUUCAGUGACGGAGGAACCCACAAAUAAUGUGACCAAUGAAGAGGACGAGGCGGAGCUAAAAACCCCCCAAAAUAUGGAGAAUGGGGAGGGCUUGGCCAAUGAGCUUACUGUGUCCAACGAGCUGGGUGUGGCUGCUGAGACAUUGGAGGCGGGGGAUGAGCUGAGUCAGACAUUAUGGAACCUACCCCAAGUUCCUGACAACAUGAGCCUUAACUCCUUCGAUGGUGAUGAUGACCCAGAUCUGACAGACGUAGAGUCUGCGCUCAGCACUCCCCUCCCAGAGGCCGACAUCUCCUUCUUUGAUCCGCUCAAAUCUGAUGCUAUCUCCCCGAGCCCAGAUCCAGACACUCCAUCCGAACUCACCCACAGCAAUUCCUGGCUCCUUUCUGCCUUCAAAACCUGCGCAGAUAUCGAGACUAAUGAGGAGACGCCCACAGAGCAAAAACCUGUCAUAAGUGAGGAGGAAGGGGAUACAGGGAUCACGUUUGAGGUGUCGGGGCCCACGGAAAGCACCUCCACACCCAAAGGUGGCAGCGAUAUCAAUACUGACAGUGGUACAGAAGCAGUGCCGCCUGACGCUAGUGUGAAGGCACUGGACAAGGCAGACUUCAGUGAGUUUGAUCCGCUCAAAUCACGCUCCCACUCCAAAGUGGAUUGUGGGAAGGGCGAUCUGGACCUGUCUUCUCGUAGUCCCAGCAUCAGUAGCUGUGGUACACCUGAGCGUAAGGCCUCCCAGAACUCCAGCACUAGCUCCACCCCCUCCCCCAAAAAGGUGGUGCGUGCAACGGCAGCAGGGAGCCCACGGCGCGGCACACCCACCCCAGAGGGCGUGGCAGACAUUGACCUAGGCGGUCAGUAUGAUUACAUCUACAUUGCAGCUCACCAGAUUUCUCGGGCUCAGGAAAGUGAGGUGGCAGGGAACUAUGAGAUGGCCCACGCCUACUACAUGAGUGGGGUGGGCAUCCUCUUACAAGGGGUGCAGGGUGACACUAACAAGGCUCGGAGAGAAGCGGUGAAGAGGAAGACAGCUAAAUACCUGAUGAGAGUUGAAGAUCUGGGCAAGAGAUACAUGACAAAUGAAUCAUUAAUGUCGCCAGACAUAGAAAUUGAUCCAUCGCUGGCAUACUUGAAAGGCCCUCCAUCAGAGCUGAAGAACUUCAAGGUGCUGGGUACAGUGGGCAAGGUGUUACUGGUACUGGAUAGGAGUACAGACAGCACCUAUGUUAUAAAGACACUCCAUAAGGCCGUGGUCACACCAGUUCCCAAGCGCCCCAAUAUCGUGCCCACCUCAUGCCCGUACAUGGUGCAGUUCUAUAAGUUUUAUGAGACGGACAAUGCUGUGUAUAUGUUGCUACAGUACGCGAGCGGGGGAAAGCUGUGGAACUACAUCGGGGCUUACUUACAGUACAACCACGGUUCUGGCAUGAAGGGUAAUGUGAAUAUAUGUGAGGGAGAAGGGAAGGGGAACAUCUAUAGGGGUCAGAAAUUUCACACAGAUGAGGCAGCCAGUGAGGACCGUAACACGAAUGGUAACAAAAACAGUGCUAGUGCUGCUGAUGUCAACGGAGGCUCUGUCAUUGAUAUUUGUGAUAAUGUGACUUAUCUUUGUGAAAGAGAUGGUAAAAUGUGUGAUAUUGCCAGCCCUCUUCGUGAGGCUGGUAACAUGGCUGAUAUUGUUACCGUAUGUGAUAAGGAUGGUACAAUAGAUGGUGGGAUUACUGCAGUAUGUGAUGGGAUUAGUGGUAAACUUGGUGCAGGUAAAACAAUCAGGAGCUUGUCGCCGGAUAUUUGCUCAUCAGCGUAUGUGGAAUUGUUUUCAAAAGAGACCCCUGCUGCACAAGGAGAUCAUGAGCAAGGGUUAUUAACGGAGAUAGGAGUCAAAUUUGUCAGCUCAAAAGACUCUGCAGGACCAGAGGCAGAAUUAACAACCAACCAGACUCUUCCCUCCACCACAAAUGGCAGCGACCAGUCAGAUUUAAGGAAUUGUAGUCUUACCUCUGAUGACAUGUCACAUAUUAACACGGGCAUUUCCCACAACACAAGCACGUUCUCUGACAAGAUUCCAGCGGGUGAAAGAUUUGAAGAGACACUACAAGGCAGUAAGCGUUCCUUGGAGAACUUCUCCAUAGGUAGUUUUGAGGAAGGUGAUAGUUUCCACAGACAGGACAGCCACACGUCUGACCAUAUUCACAGUAUUCCCGAGGAGUCUGACGUCUUUUCAACAGAGGAUGCAUUAACUGCUCCAGCUGAGGAACAGAGUGACACUGCUCAAAAGUUACUCAGCUCAUCAUACCCUGAUGCCUUAAUAGAUGAAAUAGAUACAGAAAGUAUUGUUAAAAGCACCAAAGAAUUGCUGAAGUCUGUGGACAGAAAUUUGCAAGAUGACAGGACUUCAUUUAACACUGUGCCAAAUUUGGAAGGUUCAGAAGCCAGUAUUAAUAACUCAAGUCUGCUGGCAAAUAUUGCAUCAAAUCCCUCGUCUUGCGAGCUCAGUAUUUACGACUUAAACAAGUCGAAAGAAAAUGAUAAUUUGAGUUUCAGUGAGUUACCAACAUCAUCUGAGACAGUUUCAUUGGACAAUGCAGUUGAGGUGGGCAUCACUGCCCUAUUACAUGACACAAGUACUCCCAAACAAAUCCCACCCACAGCAAAAACUGAGGCGCCUUCGUACGUGGCUAACCACAUGGUUCAGCCUAGCCCUAGGGACAGGCAGCGCAGUGCGAGUGGCACCAGGAAAGGCACCAACAUUAUCAGGAUGAAUUCAAAGGAGCCAUGUCGAUCAGCGUCAUUUGAGUGUGACCUUAAGUCGCCGUCGAAAUCUCGCACAAGGACAAUAUCAGCUGUGUUUGAACAGCUGGAUACAGCCUCAGCACUUAACCAUGACGUAGUGAAGAUUCCUGAGAACUGUAUCAAACAGUGGGCAGCGGAAAUUGUGGUGUGCCUUAAUAGUCUACACUCCAUGGGCAUUGUCUGCAGAGACCUGAACCCUGACAACAUCCUGCUGGGGGACCGGGGACAUGUGUUACUUACCUACUUCAGCCAGUGGUCUAACACAGAAGAGAGGGUCGAGGAGGAGUGCGUAGAACAGCUCUAUGUGGCCCCAGAGGUUCGAGGAAUUACAGGAUACAGUGAAGUGUGUGACUGGUGGAGCCUGGGGGCACUGCUCUAUGAACUCCUUGUGGGCAGGAGCCUGUUAUCUGGUCACCCCGGGGGAGUCACCUCCCACACCCAGCUCUUCCUUCCUUCCCAUCUUUCAGCAGAGGCCACAGCCCUACUUGAGGAGCUGCUACGUCACAACCCCCGAGAGAGACUGGGUGCCGGUAUUACAGGCGUGGAGGAGAUUAAAUCUCACCCAUUCUUCUCAGACAUCGAUUGGGCAAGCCUCACAGGCUGACAUGUUCACCCCCGGCCAAGGGCGACGUGUAUGUCGUCAUGUAUCAGGCGUGGUCACUAAUCUGAAGCCAGAUUCCACCAUUUGCUUUCCACUUUAUACCUGUACAUGAUCCAGAUCUAGUACAAGUAUAUAUGACAGGACGUAUAGACUUGUAAGGAGAACACAUUUAGCAAAGGAAGGAACACAGAGGAAAAGGGUAGGAAAUGUCAGCCUGUGAAUGCCAUUAUCAUCGACUGAAACGCAAAUUGUGUUGACGGACAAGAGAAAAGUUAUCAUGUUGUUUAAUGUGAUGCAUGUUCCAAAAGAUCGUAGGAUUUUUUUUGUGGUAUCAAACUUUAAUGUUACAUUAGUGAAAAAGCCUUAAGUUAAAUCGAAAUAUUUAACCAGAUUCAAUGAACACACUGUUUUUGUUCUGUAUGUAUAAGUUAUCAUGUUUUUGAAUGUAAUGCAUCUUCCAAAAUAUCAUAAUAUUUUAAAGAAUUCUCCUCAUUCUUAUGUCUGUCUUGGAAAAUGCAUCUUGCUCUUUGCAUAAUGCCUGUCAGAGAUUUUUGUGCAGAUGUGACCUUCUGGACUUUCAGAAGUUCUGACCUUCUUGACCUUUGGAAUGUAUGACCUUUGUUCCUCUGUUUGGGUGAGAAGCCACUGACAGGACAACACAACAUAUAGCAGGAACAAAAUUUUUCUUUACAAACUCAGUUUGUAUUUCACAAAAUGGCACUAGUAAAAAUAUGUUUUAAUGACAGUGGCAAAUUACAAAUUAAUGCCAUAUGGCAUCUUUUGUUUACCUAGUCCUUCGCUGAAAACUUGCAAGCUUUUGUGUAUCUGUCUAAAGGCAAUUGAUGCACUCUUUGAGUUGUCUCCCCUACCAUGUCUAUUUGCCUAUCCUGAUUGGCAGUCAGGUACUUUCCUUUUCUGUGACAGAAAUAUUUUAUGACUACCAAUGUCUGAAACAUAGAACAGCUAUCUAUUAUUGCUUAAUGCAUAUGUAAGUACCAGUGGGUCCAUUAGGGUAUGUGUUUCACCAUUAUAUUACAGGCAUGCCUUCUUCCCAAUUUUUAGGAUCAGGAACAAUUUCAUCCA